GAAACAAAAUCCACACUCCGUCUAUCGCCCAAGUCCUUUUCUGGACCUCUCUCUCUCUCUCCCUCGCGUGUUUUCCAGCCAGCAACGGCGAAGGCUACCGCCACCACAACCGGACUUCCUUCGCCCCGCCAUCGCAACCCCCAUCGCCACCGCGCUCCUCCGCCGUGAGCUUCCGCUCUGGGCGACGGUCCCUCUGUCACGCGUCGCCGUGCAGAACCAUCGGCCACUGCCUCUUGCAUCUCCCAGUCGCCGGGCGAUUGAAGCCCUUCUUGGUGUUACCUGAAGGGUGAAUCCUUGGAUUGUUUGAGCUUUAUGUUUGGUUUCUGAGGUGACUGAGCUUUUUGAUGUGAUGAGUUGCAUUCAAGUCACUUCAUGCCAGCUGGCCCUCAAUUCUAGAAAUUCAUAUCAUUUGAGCAGUCCACCUGGCGUGUUAUGUAUUACUCCAACUAACACCAAACAAUUCUCUAAGACCUCUCGAAAGCUGACCUCUAGCACAUCAACAUACCAGAAACAUACAUUUAUUUGUUUGUUUGGUGAUAAAGGGAAGUCAGAGAACAGCAAUGAGGCUUCACCUUGGAAAUCUCUGGAGAAAGCUAUGGGAAGUUUGAAGAAGCAGUCAAUAGAGGAUGUACUAAAGCAGCAAAUGGUGAAGCAAGAAUACUAUGACGACGGCGGUAAAGGUGGCAGAAAUGGCCCUGGCGGCGGCAGCGGCGGCAGUGAUGGUUAUGGUGAAUCAGAGGAUGAAGGCUUGGCUGGGAGCAUUGAUGAAGUACUGCAAGUGACCUUAGCAACCAUUGGUUUUGUGUUCCUGUAUAUUUACAUAAUUGAUGGUGAGGACAUUACCCGGCUAGUUCAGGACUUCAUUAAGUUUCUAUUUAGUGGAAAGCAGAGUUUUCGUCUUAGGCGAGUGUCGUAUGAAUGGGGAAGAUUCUUCCAGAGGCUGAAUACGAAGGAGGAGGUGCAAGAAGACUGGUUGGAACGAGCAAUUAUCAAUACACCGACUUGGUAUGACAGCCCUGAAAAGUACAAGCGCAUCCUCAGGUCCCGUUUGGCAUCAAGGUCUGAGGUUUGAUGCUUGUAAGUAAUCUCUCUGUGUUCUGUUGGCUUGGUUUUCCUAUUGCUUGUUCUUGUAUCAUCAUCAUCAUCAGCAGCAGCAGCAUCUGUCAAAUUCUUUUCUCAAUUGUUUUUGUCUUGCUGUUAAAGGCCUGGCCUUUCAUGUGUUGUGUUCAAUUCAAAAAGUGAGUACACCACACUUCAGACACGACGGAGAAAUGCUUACAUUUUGAUUUGCUUACUAAA